CGCUAAGCGCCUAAACAAGCUUCAUUUCAAUGAGAGUUCUGAUGACCACCCGUUCAUAAUUGCACUUUAAAGCAAUCACAAAGUGAAGGCUUCCUGAUAAUGUCGUGCUGCCGGCCCCCAGAUCUGUUUGGGAGACAAGGGUGAUUCGAAUGUGAGUCCCGAGUAUGCGGCUAUUGAAAUAUCUUUGAGUAAAAACUCGUGGCAUCAAAGUUCGAGCCACGAAUGUUCUGAACUCUAAGAAGGUUACGCACAUAUGCUUUGAAAGCUAGCGAUCGGAGAAUGGAUGACGCUAAGCCACCUGGAUAAGUACUGAGGCAAGGAGCGAAUGGAAGUUCUUCCAGUCGACACCCCGCAUGCCUCAUACUAUUGUGUUGAUCUUCUCUACUGCGGCAAUCGUUGCCGCAGUCAUAGCCAAAGCGCUCGUGACCCCGAGGACAAGGGUACACACCAGUGUCCAGGCUAUACGGGCCUUGUUGAGUCCCCCUGACCUCCCCAUCUCCGCGUUAUUACGCGCGCGCUCCAUACCCAACCAGCGCCUGGUAAAGGCGCUUGGUAUUUCCAGCACGUUCGUCAGCAGCGACCCACACGUACAUGACGAUUUCACCCACGAAGCCAAAGCUCUAAUAACUGCCGUCAGCGCGAGGGAUGGGUGGUCGAGGGUUGCUGAUGUUGCUGAAGCCUGCGUGAACAGGUUCCUUGACACUGCAGAGAGCCUUGACUACGCCACCUUCGCGCAAUCAGUCACGCUCAGUGUCGUCUUGGCAGGGCUGCUGGGGACAGAUAUCGAAGAUCUGGCCCCCGCAGACGUCGCAUUCGUGACCCAAGCCAUCAACGACCGUUGGGCGCAAUCCAAAUCAAGCAGCGCUCUACCUACAGAAGUGCUUGACCGCAUCAACCAUCACAUCACUAGAUGGGUUCCAGAUAGAACCAAUCCGCUCAACCUCAUCAUCCCCGCGUACGAGACCAUGUGGCGCGUUGCAGCAAUUGCGGUCGUAUAUUCUAACCGCGAUUGCCUGCUGCGCGAGGCCUUUCUCUCAUAUAAUGAGAACCCCACUGACGAUCAGUUCCGUGCCCUCACAAACGAAGGGACAGGAGCGCGGCCUAGUGUCGAGGCGGUCGUCAGCGAGGUUCUCAGACUAUACCCCCCGACUCGUCAUAUCACUCGCUCCGUAGACGUGCCGUGGUGGAAGCGGCCAUUUGUUCCAUCCAUAGAGGUGGCUGACGUCGAAGAGGCGCAUAAAUCUAUUCUCUAUGGCAGUGAUCCUGAAUCCUUCAAUCCUAUGCGGUUCCAUGCUAGCCAUUCCGGUGCUAGAAGGGAUCAGUUAUACGCUUUCGGGCACGGAAAGCUCAAAUGUGUAGCGGCAAGUUGGGCACCACCAGCUGCAGCUGUGAUCACCGCGAAAAUCAUGGCGAAGUUGGACGACGUCACGUUUACGCUGAAAGAAGGACCGUGUAUUGGGAAGAGGGUAGGAUGGGAGGGUUGGUCGAUCGAAAGAAUAUAAAAACGUGUCAUAUCAUCAUCAAUCGUGACGUUCAGCUAGUUGUCGGUUGUGUGUAGCUUUCUUGUACUGUAAACUAGGAGGAUGCGAUGUUUUUCAUGAGAGGUCUGCUGUUGAUGCGGCAGAGGAGGCUGUACUAGAUAACUUUGACAUGAAAGCAAUGCUCGUCAGUGUUUUCAACUUUGAAAAUACGUACGAGCCCGAUAAUCAGAUUGAUCAGAGUCCAUCAAUGCAUCAAUGAACGUUGAACGUUCAGUUGUAUAGCGCGAAUAUCAGCGAUAUCUGAUCGCCUUGAG